AUGAUGUACCAAGACUACGACAACCAGCAGCAAGAGAUUUAUUGCGGCUCUACGCCAAACAACACCAACAACCAUUACUGCGCGUAUAUGGAUCCCGACAUGCUUUUGGCGACAUAUGGGGCACCAGCAUUAUCACCCGUUAACGAUGCCGAGCAUGAUUCUUCGUGGUACAACAGCACACUUUCGUCUCCUGUCGAUUUGCAACUAUCGUAUGUGGAUACGUUACCACCUUCGCCCACCGAAUCAUUAUCGUAUUCGCCUUAUUCCGAUAGCUUGAGUCAGCAGCCAUCACCCAUCGAGGGCACCUUUGAUUAUUACACGCCACCCAACAUGCAAGACAUGAUGGCAUCACCCUUUGACUAUCUCUUUUAUUCAUCUCAGCCUAUGAUGGAUGAGGAGUCUGCAUGUCCACAACAUCACCACAUUCAUCCAUCGAUGGGUCUUGCACCUUUAGAGGAUAAACAACAAGUGAUGAUCGAUCAACAUGACGAAAAUAGCCACAUCCCCGUGCCUGCAGCAGCAGCUACUGUCAUUUCUACAAACAACAACAACACCACAAUCACCAGUCCUUCGGAUACAGUUGCCGCUCCGAUGACCACAGCACAACGAAAAAGUAGCACCUCAUCCACUGCCAGCACCAACAGCAACGCGGCUAGACCAUAUCAGUGCCCCUUGUGUGUUCGCGCAUUCGCACGUAAACAUGAUCUCCAACGCCAUAUUCGGGUUCAUACUGGUGCCAAACCAUAUCCUUGUCUCUGCUGCAAAAAGGCAUUUGCUCGUACCGAUGCCCUUAAACGCCACUUGCGGAUGGAAGAAGCGUGUCGUACAAGCCCUGAGAUUCAAGCUAUGAAGUGUGCUGGCAAGCGUCGCUACCGCAAUCUGUAA